AUGACUCGGUCCCAACCAAACGCUAGCUUAGCCGAGCUUGAUUUAGAAAUUGAAAGGACUUUGUUACGCACUCAGCAAGCUAGGCGUCGGUUGGACUAUACGGCUAGUACUUCGGCCUUACAUGAGGAGCAUACUGAAUCACUAGACAGGUUCGAGAGCGACUUGGAGUCCGCUACUUCUUAUUCUUCUGUUGGCACUACUGAUACAUCUUCGCAUUCCACAGGGCAAGCGAAAGAGUGGUAUUAUUCCCAACCAGAUGAGGUGGUAACCAAUUGGGAUUCCUUGAGAAGAGAAUUUUUAGACAAGUUCUUCCCGCUAGAAAAGACCGACUACAUUCGGAAGGAGAUCUCAGGAAUAAUGCAAAGAGAUCAAGAGACGUUGUAUGAGUAUUGGAGUCAAUUCAAGAGGCCAUUGGAGACUUGCCCCCACCAUGGGUUGAACACUCACUUGCUCAUAAGCUAUUUUACCGGAGGUCUUUGUGCGGAAGAUAGAAGACUACUCACCGCUUCUAGUGGUGGCUCUCUUUCCAAAAACAAGACAGAGGCAGAAGAAUGGAUCUUGAUAAAUGAUGUUGCCAAUGCUACACAACACGUAAGGGUGAGGAGCAACCCCCUCAAGGGUGUAGCGGAAGCAUCCCCUUCCGAAGCAAGUUUGACCAAAGUACUUGGGGAUAUGACUACCAUCCCCACCGAGAUGCAUAAGGAGCAAAAGGCAUUCUAUUCCAUCCAAGCCGUCCAAGUUUCACCCCAAGUUCCUCAAACUAAAGGGCCUCCUAGGAUAUGUGGUUUGUGUUUUAGCACCGCACAUUACACUGAUCAGUGCCACCAAAUUCAAGAGGAGUACACCCUAGCCGUAGCCAAUGUGAACUAUAACAAUCGCCCACCCUACCAAAACCAAGGCCACAACAACUACUCUCAUGGCAAUAACUCCAAUCAAGGGUGGAGAGAUAAUGCACAAGGGAAUCAUCAAUAUCAAAGAUACCAAGCGCCACAUCAAAGACAACAACCCAACCAAGCCUCUUCUUCUUCUACCAACCAAGUUGAUGAGCUUAGAGCUAUUGUGAAAAAGAAUAAAGAGAAUAGCAAGGCUCAAUUUAGUGCCGUGAAUGCUCAGUUGGCCAAUAUCACCAAGAUGAUCUCAAUAUUGGCUUUACCCUCUACCAACAACACCAACCAACUCUCAAGCUCUUCUAACCUUCCAUCCCAACCCCUUCCAAACCCAAAAGGUGCACUCAAUGCCAUUACACUACGGUCGGAGACUACAUUGAAGGAGAUACUUCCUAGGGCCUUGAAAGACAUUCAUGAGGAAGAAGUGGUUGUUGAAGCUCCACAUGAAGAGGAUGAGAUGAGCACAAGACAAGAGGAAGGAGAAAUGAGCCUCAAAGAGCCCACGAGGAAAGCUACAAUGGAUGAAUCCAUUCCUAUUCCAUUCCCUUCCAUGAUAAAGAAAGCCAAGAAAGCUCCGGAGUUUGAUUUGAACAUGCUUCAAGUAUUCAAGAAAGUUGAGGUAACCAUUCCAAAUCUUGAUGUCAUUCAAUAA